GACAGAGGUGUGUUAGGCAGGGAGAGCUGCGAUUGGUUCUCGUGAACCAUAAGUUCUGUAAUUUAGAGUAAAGAAGACUUUAAAAAGGUAGACCUGACCGAGGACAGAAACGAAACAACCAGGACGCUAUAUAUUUUAAUUUGUGGAGGUCACUCCUGAAGAUCAGACUAUGAAGACCCCGCAUCCACUUCACAUCGUCACGCCACUAAGAGAGAGCGUGCCACUCUCAAAUGUAGCAGGUACAGCUGUAUAUCUGAAGCUGGACUCAUGUCAGCCUACAGGCUCGUUUAAAAUCCGAGGCAUCGGUCACUUGUGUAAGAUGUGGGCAGAAACUGGCUGUACUCGAUUUGUUUGUUGCUCAGGAGGCAACGCUGGCAUGGCUGCCGCCUAUUCUGCACGGAAGUUGGGAGUGCCUGCCACUAUAGUGGUGCCCAGUGUUACUCCUUCAGGCACUGUGCAGAGACUAUAUGAUGAAGGGGCUGAUGUUAUCAUUCACGGCAAAUCAUUGAAUGAGAGCCUUGAAUUUGGUCAACAGCUUGUGUCUAACAACCCUGACUGGGUAUUCAUCUCUCCCUAUGAUGAUCCCCUUAUAUGGGAAGGUCACACCACUCUGGUGAAGGAACUGGAGUCGCAGCUGGAAGGGAAGCCAGGAGCAAUCGUUUUGUCUGUGGGAGGUGGUGGCCUCUUGAACGGGGUUGUGGAAGGUCUCCGUCGUGCUGGCUGGGAAGAUGUCCCCAUCAUUGCUAUGGAAACAGUGGGUGCUCACAGCCUUAAUGCAGCCAUGAAGGUGGGAGAGCUGGUUACACUGCCCUCCAUCACUAGUGUUGCUACCACGCUGGGCCUUACACGGGUAUCAUCUCAAACAAUGAAGCUUGUGAGUGAGCACACUGUUUACUCAGAGCUGGUCACAGAUCAGGAAGCUGUAUGGGCAGCUGAGCGUUUCAUUGAUGAUGAAAAGAUUCUAGUUGAACCUGCUUGUGGUGCUGCACUUGCAGCCAUCUACUGCAAUAUCAUUAAACGUCUGCAGAAGGAGAAUAAGUUGUCUCAGGAUUUGGGGCCGGUGGUGGUGGUUGUGUGUGGUGGCAACAACAUCAGCAUAGAGCAAUUGCAGAGACUGAAGAAACAACUGGGAAUGACCAGCUAGACAUAUAUCCAGAUAAUAAAGUACACUGGAAUUUUUUUUUGGAAUUAUUAUAAUGAACAACCUGAAUUUAUUUUAGAAAUUUUGAAGAAUAUUCUAUUUAUCUUAUCAUGCUUGUUUGCUAAGUAGAUCUACAUAUACAAUGCCUUGGAAAAGUAUUCAACCCUCAUUAGAUUUGUCUGAACUACAAAUGACACUUACACAGAUUGUUUCAGACAGUAUUUUUAUUACAAAUCAAUAUGCUCUUAAAGUAAAAAUUCAUUAUUUGUCAAAAAAAAAUUAAAAACUGAAAAAUGUUGCUUGCAUAAGUACUCAACCCCUUCAGACUAGUACUAGUACUAGUACACCUUUUUCUUUGGUCUUGUGCUUGGGAUCAUUGUCCUGCUGAAAGGUGACAUUUCUCCUUGCCUUUAGUUUUUUUUUUUUUUAGCAGACUGAAGUAGAUUGUCUUGCAAUAUCUCCCUGCAUUUUGCACCAUCCAUCCAUCCUUCACUUUUAACAAGAUGCCCAUUCCCCACUGAGGAAUGAUGCUACCACCCCACCACUGUUGGGAUGGUGUUUGUUGAAGAAAGGGCAAGGUUAUUUUUGUGCACACAUAGUGCUUUGAAUUUUGGCCAAAAAGUUAAUUUUUUGCCUUAUCAGACCACAAAACCUUAUUGCACAUUUUAACUGAGUCAGUCUGAUGCAUUUUCAAGACUGCUUUGAUGUGUUUUUUCUUCAUUAAUGGCUUCUCUCUAGCCAUCCUCCCAUACAGGCCAGUUGUAUGCAGAGCUUGUGAUAUCUGAUGCACCAUCACUCCGGUCUCAGCCACUGAACUCUGUAGCUCCUUAAAAUGAUUGUUGGCCUCAGUAGCUUCCCCUCACAAGUCCCUUUCUUGCUCUAAUGCUUGUGUUUUUUGGGACAGCUUUGUCUAGGCAGUGCCGAGGUGGUAUGAUGCAGCUUCCAUUUCCUCACAACUGAUCUAACAGUGCUCACUGGGAUAUCCAAACACUUGGAUAUUAUUUUGUAGCCUUUUCCUAUCUUGUGCAUGUCUAUUACUAUCUCUAAUUUCCUUAGAAUUCUGUUUGGUCUUCAUUUUCACAGCAUUCCAUCAGAGUCACAGUCUGAUCAAAGGAGUCUUUUAUUGAGAAAGGUGGAAUUUUUAAAUGAUUCACAGGUAGAGUGCAAGUGUAAGCCAACUCUGUCCUCAGUAGGGCAAUCUUUCAUCAGUGUAAACUUGGAGCUUCCACAGCACAGGGGUUAAAUACUUAUGCAAACAAAAAUUUCAGUUUUUAAUUUUUUUUUAAAGAUCUGCUGACAAAUAAUGAAUUUUGGUUUGCAAAAAAGAGUUCUGUCUAGAACAAACUUUGUAAGUGUCACCUGUAAUCCAGAUGAAUAUGAUGACUUUUAAGGGGAGUUGAAUACUUUUGCAAGGCACUCUAUAAUUCCACAUUUCACUUGCGCACCCGCAGCUGGUGCUUGAUCAUUCCAGAAUGUCUAGCUUGACUGAAAUAAGUCUUCUUUAUUUAGAAAUAUCCUAUUUCAAGAAUCCUAAAGAAAAGAUUGAAGGUGGUUUUUUGAAAUAUAUAUAAGUUCUUGCCUAGAAAUGUAUUUAGGUGUGUGGGAUGAAAAUAUUUUCCAUGUUUUUCCAUGUCUGGUGAAAUGUACAAUGUUUGUGCUUUAGAUUUAAUAUGUCUAAUGUAACAUUAAUCUUAAAUUAAAUGUUUGUUUCUGUUCACUUUUUCUGUAUAUAUAGUAUACACCUGUUUGCAAAGGUUUGUGGACCCCUGGCCAAAUUACAUUUUUUUUUAUUUUUGAACUGAAAAGAAGUAACCUUUGCAACAAACAAUUUAUUUAAAAAAAUUAAAUUUUUCUGCAAAUAUUACUGUACAGUCACUUAAUAUUUGAUGUUCACAAUGUUUGAUAUGAACAUUAACUAAAGCUCUUGACCUGUAUCUACAUGGUUUUACACUGACAUGCUGACAUGAUUGGUUGAUUGGAUAAUUGGAUGAAUGGGGAGGUGUACAGGUGUUCCUAAUUAGAUGGACAGUGAGUGUAAUACUUACAUACUGUAGUAUAUAUUGUGCUGAGAUGACUUUAUGCAGUAUUGCUGGAGCUUUUGCAUGUCAAUGAUAGUAAAGUGGUCUGUACCCCAAAAAUACCCAGCUAACAGUGAUCCUGUUGUCAGAAACUGAACACUGAGUAAUGAUGGCAAACACAAAUUGCCUCUACCUGUACAAAUAACAUGUUACUAAUAAUAAAUUCUUGUAAUAAACUGA